AUGAAGACCAGCUUGUCCUUCAGCAUCUGCUGUCUCUCCUUGGUUUUUGCAGCAGGGAUAUUUCAUGGGAUUGAUGCAGCACAAGGAAAAUAUGCCCAAAUGCUCUUUAAUGAACUUUUUGAAGACUAUUCAAAUGCUCUCAGACCAGUGGAAGAUACAGACACAGUUCUGAAUGUCACUCUUCAAAUCACACUUUCCCAAAUAAAAGAUAUGGAUGAGAGAAACCAAAUUUUGACAGCCUACCUGUGGAUUCGGCAAACUUGGUACGAUGCCUAUCUGAAAUGGGACAAAGACAAAUACGAUGGGCUGGAUUCUAUCAGGAUCCCCAGCAAUCUUGUAUGGAGACCAGACAUUGUUCUUUACAACAAGGCUGAUGAUGACUUUUCAGAGCCGGUGAACACUAACAUUGUAUUGAGGUAUGAUGGAAAGAUUACUUGGGAUUCACCAGCUAUAACAAAAAGCUCAUGUGUUGUGGAUGUAUCUUACUUUCCCUUCGAUGACCAGGAGUGCAACCUUACCUUUGGUUCUUGGACCUACAAUGGUAAUCAGGUAGAUAUAUUCAAUUCUUUAGACAGUGGCGACCUCUCCGACUUUAUAGAAGAUGUGGAGUGGGAGAUUCAUGGCAUGCCAGCUGUUAAGAACGUCAUAACCUAUGGCUGCUGCUCAGAGCCUUAUCCAGACGUUACAUUCACCCUUAUCUUGAAAAGGAAGUCAUCUUUUUAUAUAUUUAACCUGCUGCUUCCUUGUCUAUUGAUAUCUUUUCUGGCUCCACUGGGAUUCUACCUCCCAGCAGACUCUGGAGAAAAAGUGUCUCUAGGAGUAACCGUUCUGCUUGCGCUAACUGUGUUUCAACUAAUGGUCGCAGAGAGCAUGCCCCCUUCUGAAAAUGUACCUUUGAUCGGUAAAUAUUACAUCGCUACUAUGACCAUGAUCACAGCAUCCACAGCGUUGACAAUCAUUAUAAUGAAUAUUCACUACUGUGGCUCAGGAGCCAAACCUGUCCCACAGUGGGCAAGAGUGGUCAUCUUGGACUAUAUGUCAAAGAUCUUCUUUGUUUAUGACGUCGGAGAAAACUGCACCAGCGCGCAACAUGUGAAAGAGCAAAAAACACCGUUGAAAAAAAUUACUGCAUGUCCCAAAGAGCAAGACAAAUAUGAAGGAGCAAGGAGACCACUUGCUAAGAUCAGAAAACAUGAUGGUGACCUCAAAACGAAGCUGCCUGAAGAUGUAAGUGAUAGCUUUGGAGCCCAGGGUGAAAAUACAAGGGAUAUUGUUAGCUGCUGUAACUGUUACAGGAUAUUGAUUAAGAAUAUUGAAUAUAUUGCUAAUUGUGUAAGACGCCACAAAGCCAACCACGCCAAAGGAGUGGAGUGGAAAAAGGUAGCAAAAGUGAUGGACAGAUUCUUCAUGUGGAUUUUUUUUAUUAUGGUCUUUUUCAUGAGUGUUUUGAUCAUUGGCAAAGCGCUUUAA